AUGGAUUAUUCUACAAGGAUUUUAGUUCUAUUCGGAAUAUUAGCCGUCUGUAACGAUAUUGUCAGCUCUACAUUCCUACUCUUUGCUAAUAGAAAAGAUGUCCGACUCAUCAAUGCAUUAGAUCCAAAAGGCAACUCAACUAUAGUGGUCACCAAUCAAGAAGAUGCAUCAGCUGUUGAUUUCCUCUAUAGCGCCAAUUCCAUAUUUUGGACGGACGUCUCAGAAGAGGUCAUCAAACGGACCUAUCUUAAUGAUACACAGAACAGUAUUGGAGUAAUCACCACUGGUUUGGUAUCUCCAGAUGGUUUAGCUUGUGAUUGGUUAGGGUUAAAGCUGUAUUGGACUGAUUCAGAGACCAAUAGAAUAGAAGUCAGUAAUCUAGAUGGAUCUUAUCGUACUGUUCUCUUCUGGCAAGGCCUAGAUCAACCAAGAGCCAUAGCUUUAGAUCCUAUCAAUGGAUACAUGUAUUGGUCAGACUGGGGUGAAACUCCAAAGAUUGAACGAGCAGGCAUGGAUGGAAACCCUCUUACAAGACAAGUGAUUGUGGAUGAUAACAUCUAUUGGCCAAACGGAUUAACACUAGAUUACACAGACUCCAAAAUUUUUUGGGCAGACGGCAAAUUAAGUUAUAUACAUAGUUGUAAUUUUGAUGGUUCAGACAGACGUGUUGUUCUGGAUGAUUCUUUACCUCAUCCUUUUGCUUUAACUCUGGAUGGCGAUUCCUUGUUUUGGACGGACUGGAAGACCCAUUCUAUACAUGUCUGUGAUAAGCGUACUGGUUUACAGAAGUCAGUUGUUCAUGAUAAUAUAUUUUCACCAAUGGAUAUUCAUGUCUACUCUCCUCAACGCCAGCCCAGAGGUAAAAAUCCUUGUGGUAUAAGGAAUGGUGGUUGUUCACAUCUAUGUCUAAUGGCACCUAUUAAACCAUAUUAUACCUGUGCCUGUCCUACUGGUGUAUUACUUCAAGGUGACAAGAGAACAUGUGCUGAUGGUGCUGAAAACAUAUUAUUCCUGGCUAGAAGAACAGAUUUAAGACGUAUAUCACUGGAUACACCAGACUACACGGAUGUGGUAUUGCCGUUAACAGAUAUUCGCCAUGCUAUAGCUAUAGAUUAUGAUCCUAUAGAAGGCUAUGUCUAUUGGACUGAUGAUGAGGUUCAAGCCAUAAGAAGAUCUUUAUUGAAUGGAUCUAAUCAAGAAGUAAUAGUCAGUACGGAAGUUUAUCAUCCUGAUGGUAUAGCAGUAGAUUGGAUUGGUAGAAAUUUAUACUGGACAGAUACUGGUACUGAUAGAAUAGAAGUAGCUAGACUUAAUGGUACCUCAAGAAAAGUUUUGAUAUCUGAUAAUUUAGAUGAACCUAGAGCUUUAACGUUAGAUCCUGUUUCUGGCUAUAUUUAUUGGACAGAUUGGGGUAAACAUGCUAAAAUAGAGAGAGCAGCUUUAGAUGGUAGUGAACGUAAAACUAUAGUGGACACAAAUCUUGGCUGGCCAAAUGGUUUGACUCUAGAUUAUGAAGAAAGAAAAAUAUAUUGGGGUGAUGCUAAAACAGACACCAUUGAAUCAUCAGAUUUAGAUGGAAACAACAGAAGCACUGUUGUGAAAGAAAACAUUCCCCAUAUUUUUGGAUUUUCGUUGCUAGGUGAUUUUGUAUAUUGGACUGAUUGGCAGCGUAGAUCUAUUGAACGUGUUAAUAAACAUACAGGUAAAGAUAGAGAAGUUAUUAUAGAUCAACUACCAGAUUUAAUGGGUUUAAAAGCUGUCAACGUCAAGAAAAUCUCAGGUACUAAUCCUUGUGCAAUAAAAAAUGGUGGAUGUAGUCACUUAUGUUUACAUAGACCUAACUUAAAAACACCAACUUGUGCCUGUCCUAUGGGUUUAGAGCUCAUCAGUAAUGGUAGAACUUGUAUUGUACCAGACGCUUUCCUGCUCUUCACCAUUAAAGAUGACAUCAAGAGAAUUUCAUUAGAAGUAAACCACAAUAUUCAACCAAUACCUAUUCAGGGAGUGCGCGAUGCUAUGUCUAUAGAUUUCGACAUUAAUGAUAAUAGAAUCUACUGGACUGAUGUACAAUUGAAGAGCAUCAGUAGAGCCUAUAUGAAUGGAAGUUCAGUUCAACAUAUUAUAGAUUUUGGGGUAGAUUUCCCCGAGGGUAUGGCUGUAGAUUGGGUAGCACAUAAUAUAUAUUGGGCUGAUAUGGGUACACAACGUAUAGAGGUGGCCAGAUUAGAUGGGUCAUCAAGGAAAGUUAUAGUUUGGAAAGAUUUGAUUGAUCCUAGAGCUAUAGCACUAGAUCCUCCUAAUGGCUAUAUGUAUUGGACUGUAUGGGGUGAUGAAAAACGUCCACCACAUUUAGAGAGAGCUAAUUUAGAUGGUAGUUUACGUAAGAUAAUAAUAAAUGAUUUAGGGCGUGUACAAGAUCUGUGUAUAGAUUAUAUUGAUAAAAGAAUGUAUUGGACCAAUGUGGACUCUAAAUCUAUUGAAUCUUCUGAUAUGUUAGGUGGAGAUAGAAAAGUCAUUGUUAAGAGAAAUGUACAGGAACCAAUGGGAUUGACACAAUAUGAAGAUAUUAUUUACUGGACUGAUACUAAAUCUAAAUCUAUUGAAUGUGCCAAUAAAACAACGGGUAAAAACCAUACAGUCAUACAUCAAGAUAAAGUCAUGGUGUACGAUAUUACAGUAUUCCAUACUUCAAGACAAUCAGGAUGGAACAGUUGUGGUAGGCUUAAUGGAGGUUGUUCACAUCUAUGUCUGUAUCAUAACACUAAUGAUUUUGGUAAUAUAACCUACCAUUGUGCUUGUCCUACACACUAUACCUUACAUGAAGAAAACCAAACUUGUGAAGCACCAAAGAAUUAUCUAUUAUUGAGUCAGAAGACAGUUAUCAGUAGAUUUGUUAUGGAUCCAGAAGAUAUUGAUGAUGCUGAUAAUCCAGAAGUCGUUCUGCCCAUACAUAAUCUGAAAAAUGUUCGAGCUUUAGCUUACGAUCCCAAAGAUGCGUUUAUUUAUUGGAUUGAUAAUAAAAAUAAAGUCAUUAAGAGAGGCCACAAUAAUGGCACAAAUGUGACAGUGGUAGUGAAUGAAGAAGGAAUCAGUCCAUUUGAUAUAGCAAUAGAUCCAUUCUCACGAUCUAUAUAUUGGACCUGUAAUAAAAAUAAUGUAAUCAACGUUAGUCGGUUGGACUCUACACCAAUCGGUGUGGUGGUACCAUCAGGUGGUAUGAAACCUAGAUCUAUAGCACUCUAUCCAGAGAAAGGUUUAAUGUAUUGGACAAACAUGGUCAGUUCACCAAAGAUAGAAAAAGCAGCCAUGGAUGGAACAGAAAAAACUACGCUGUUUGAGACCAAUCUGGAACAUCCACUUGCUCUAACCAUAGACAAACAUUCUAACAAGUUGUGUUGGGCUGAUAGCGCAUUAAAACAUAUAGAAUGCUCAGAUCUUGGGGGUGGAAACAGGGUUGUGGUAGUGGAUGAAGGCAUACAUGCACCCAGAGGAUUGGCCAUUUAUGGAAACUUCUUAUAUUGGUUGGAUCGAGAUCAGCAAGUUAUUGAAAGGAUAGAAAAAAAUACACGUAAACAUCGCAUACACGUACGGCGGUACGUGAUCGGUCUUAGUGAUCUAAUAACAGUUGAACAUUCACUUCCCGCCACAAACCAUUCAUGUUCAAUCAAUAAUCAUGGCUGCUCUCAUAUUUGCCUAGCAACCAGUGAAGGUGGCGCUAGGUGUUCUUGCCCUGUCAAUCUGGAAUUGAAACAAGAUGAAGUGACAUGUGCAUACCCACCUACUUGUGCCCCAAAUGAGUUCACAUGCUUGAAAGGAGAUGUGAGGUGUAUCCCGCUAGUGUGGAGGUGUGAUAAGUUGGGUGAAUGUCAGGACCAAUCAGAUGAGGAGAAUUGUCCGAAUUGUUCAAGUAGCGAGUUUCAGUGUACAGACAGAAAGUGCAUUGAUUCUAAAUUCGAGUGCGACGGUAAAAAUGAUUGCGCAGACGGUAGUGAUGAAAGUAGUUGUUGUAAACCUAACGAGUACCGCUGUACAAAUCAUCAGUGUAUUACAAAGGAUGGGAAAUGUGAUGAUAAAAAUCUGCCUUUUAGUGAGCGUAGUAACUCAACUUCAACAUCUAAUACGACUCAAUAUGCAAUAGGUAUUGUGGUGGGGGUAGUGUUUUUAGUUCUUGUUAUAGCUGUAGUGUUUAUCUGUAGGCGCAGGAGUCAUCAUUCUCCGGUAGAUGACCCUGAUAUUAUGAUGGUCAAAAAGCCUUUAAAUCCACAUUCAGACUCACAAACAACGCCUCACACUUUUUCAUCCCGGGGCAAUAAAUCAUUGAUAUUAACAACAACUGUGUCCAUCGGCUCGGGGAGUGGAUCACAACUAUAUGAUAGAAAUCAUGUGACUGGGGCAUCGUCAAGUAGUUCCACAGUGACUCAAUAUCCUAAAGAAACAUUAAAUCCUCCCCCAAGCCCUGUGACAGAUCGUUCUAUGUACACAGGAGACUUAUACUGUUCUAUAAAUAGUCUAUCUACAGUGCGUUCAAGCCGUCCAAAAAAGAAAAAAGUGCGAUAUAACAUUCCUCCUCCUCAUACAACCCCGUGUAGUACAGACGUGUGUGAAGACAGUGAACCGUAUCCGGGUACUAUUUUCCACUCGGUGGUCGAACUUAGUUACGAUUCUGAUCCCUACCCACCUCCGCCAACUCCACGCAGCCAUUAUUUCUCAGAUGAAAUGAGUUGUCCCCCUUCACCGUCAACGGAAAAAAGUUAUUUUAACCCUUACCCUCCUCCUCCUUCUCCUGUAGCCCAUUCUGACUGUUAA